ACUGCUAGCUGAAGAGAGGCACAACAAACUGCACAUCAGAAUUCCAGAUUAAGAUCUGCAGUGGUUUAUACCAAUGCUCAUGAUGUAGAGCAAAAUGAGUGUCUGGCGCUCUAGCAGUGAAGCACUAUGUAAUGUCGUAUUUGGCUUGAGGUAUCAGACAUUUUUGCUCUCCUUUUCUACUUUCACCUCUUAUUUCUUGUGCUGUUUUCAUCAUACUAUAACUGUUCAAAUCUUUCCUUGUUUAUUUUUCAUUAAUAAAAUUUCUCAGUGAUUUGGAAGAUAUUGUUUGCUGGGUGUAAUGUUUAAGAAAUUGAAGAUCAAGUUACAUCAUUGUUGCUAUUGCACAAAUUAAUACACGCCAGACACACCACUCAUCAAAGACAUUAUGUACAGUAUCUUGAUAAAAAGCAGAAGUCAGAAUCAAAAAGUGGAACAGAAGCAAAGAUGCCUAGAAAGAUACGUAUAGUUUCACAAAUAUGUAUACUGAGUGCUUAGGAUAGUCUGAGAUAGUUAGCUCUUUGUUUUGUUUUGUUUAAUACGUAUACUUACGCACUUGCAAAGCCAUUUCUCUCAGCACAGUUAGUCUACAAGUUUUGAUUACGCCUGCUGAGAUGAUAUUUCCCAAGUUUUUCUGUCCUUUGGCAGGUUAAAAAUGUUUUUGAGAUUCAGCUCUGGGAUAGAUUUUGAUAUACAUAUUUCCAAAUCCCAUUUUCCAGAUGGUUCUAUGGGUGUUGAAGAUAUACAAGUGUAUCAAAGGUAUUUUUAAGAGUUAUUUACAGAUUGUGUCAGAAGAGAAAAACAGUUUGGUUCUUCUCAUGCCCAAGAACUUUUCCUUCCUUUAUGACUUGGUUGUGAAAAGAAUUUUUGUGGAUAUAAACUUAUAGGCUUUAGCUUUAAAUAUUUAAUUGUGAACUGCUGAAUUAAACCAAAAGAUAGCUUUUAGGUUCCUUUCUACUUUUGAUUGUGUAGUCUUAUCCUGUGGUUGUUCUAUUUCAACCAUUUCUGCUUUUCCAUCCUAACCAUAUCUGCUGAUUAUUUUAGAAGAGGUGGAAUCAGAUCUUCAUUUUUCUAAGCAUAAUUUAAUGGGAUUAUACCUCUGAAGUGUCAUUAAUUCAAAAUAUAAAAAUGUAAAUUCCUGAACCGGGGUUGAGCUAACCCAAUGCAGCAACGCAGUCUGGAAACUGACCAGCUUUAGUAUCAGCUUUUCUGAAGAAGUCUUCUUUCUUCAUUGGCAAUAUGCUAACCUUGGGUCAGCAACAUGUCCUGGCAGCAAAAAGACCAACAACAUCCUGAGUUGAAUUAGCAAGAGUGAUUCUUUCCCUUUAUUCAAUUGCAUAUGUAACUUUACACCCAAUUUGGUACCCUCUAAAACAUGAAAGGUGAAGACACCCUUUAGCAAGUGUAUUUAGCAAGAAGACACCAAGAUGAUGAGGACCUGGAGCAAUUGUCCUGUGUGGACAGGCUGGAAGAUAUGGGCUUGUUCAGCAUAGGAAAGAAGUGAUUUAAGGAGAACAGCAGCCUGCCCAGACCUACAUAAAGAUUCUCAAGAAGAAGUAAUCACACUUUUCACUGGGAGAAUAAUGGCUGUAAACUGAAAUGUUCCUUCUGGACAUAAAGGAAAAAGAAAUCUGAAGGUAAUUAAGUAUUUCACUAAGCUACCCCAUGUAAACCUUUCCUUGAACAGGAAACUGGAAGAGACCUCCCAGGGGUCCUUUCCAACCGAUGUGUGCUCAGUUAGGAACUGGGAAAUAAUUUGCAUCAUGUCACCUAGCCACAAACACAUAGUAAAUUGUGUUUACAUCUAAAUAGCACUAUCAUGUGCAACUUCUGACUAUGGGCAAGCUGAAAUAUGAAUAAGGAAUAUGAAAGAGAAGCAGAAAGUACUGUAAGCCACUAGCAUUUUCCCAAGCAGUCCCAUUCCCAACAAUGAGAUCCAGCAUCACUUAGUUCUCCAGUAAUGCUACAUUACAGACCUAGAUCAGAAUUCAGUCUAGUUCAUAUUCUUUUGACAGAUGAUAGAUCUUCUUCCCAGGAAGUUUCUUGACCUUUGCUACAUCAUUUGUAUUGAACUUUCUUGUAAUCAUUAAAUAUUGUAAUUAAAUAAUUUCUUUCCUUUUCUAAUUCUUUCACCAAUUUUUCUUUCCUAGAAUAUGGCCAAAUUAUCUCAAUCAUUGGUAGACAUUCUUCUUCUCAUGAGUCUCACCACUGAAAUCUUACAAGCAUUAAUGCAAACUGUAUAAUUGCCCAUAUCCUCAUCCCUCAAGGAAUGUCAGAGAGCACUACACCUCUCAAAUGACAGACUCUGAACAGUUUUCUCAGUUCAUAUGUAAAAAUGUCUUCUCACAUUGCUCUAACUGCCAGCCCUGUAAACCCAACUUCUUAUGAAAAUUAUGCUCUUCUCUGUCAUUUAUGUUCUUCCCCAAAAGUAAUAAAACAAGCAUACAAAAUCAAAACAAAAACCUUCAGCAAGUUCUGCUGUUUUUUGGUCAGCACAAAAAUGGUUUUUAUAUAAUAUUCUGAAUUACUACAGUUAAAAUAAGAAUUUGUUAUCCUCUAGGAAAAACUUGACAGAAAGCAAAUUUUAAAAACAAUUAUGUGUUUUUAUUGUUAUCAAAACAAUUACGAAAUUUCCUGGGUGAGAUGGCCAAAAUAUUGGCUUAUGUUUCAGACAUACCAUCUCGUCUACAAAGAAAAAGAUGGCUGGAGGAGACAUCACAGCUCCGUCAAUGAAAAAAAGAAGGCUCUUUAUUAGAACAAUAGGACACAGAUUUUGCUCUUUUUUUGUUGUUCAUUUCUUCUGCUGAAAUGAAAGAAAGGUGUGCAAAACAGUCCCAAAAUAUUGGGUAAUGUUGGCACAUAAGGUAACUACUAGACUACAUGCUUUCCAAUGAUCCAUGUUUCCCCACAUAUUUUGGGAUCAUGUGCUUUCCCAAAACAUGCUUGUUUCUGAUUAGCAACAUAUUUGCAGUCCUUGCAAAAUAAGGUGUUUACAGUGAGUCUAAGGUGUCUCCCUAAGACAUGCUUUAGAGGUGCAGAACCUGAGCAGAGCCCCAAGGUUGCUGCAAGCAGCAACUCACUACAUGACACACAUCUUUAAAUUCUACACCAUAAUUCUUCAGCCAAAUCCCAGUUGCAGUACUAUGUAUGUAUGUGCAACAAUAACAAAUUUCUUAUUAAAGAAAGGGGAAAAGAUAAAGUCACUGCAAUAUCUUACACCAUCUUUUGUGCAACACCACCAACACUGAUAAUGCACAACUGCCAAGUUAUACUGGCUUUCCAAAACACUUCACAAUGUCAAUCUAAGGAUCAUCCUUUAUUUUCGAAACAUAUAUAUAUUAAUGAGAGUGUGCACAUCUGGAAGCUGUUAUAAAGGCCUUGUAAACUAUUGUCAUCAGAAUAUCAGUUAAACAGGUGUGUGCUGAUGGCUAUGGAACAUAAUAGACUCAUUAAAGUUAACGAGUAUCAGCAGCACAGACUUUAGUGUUUAACAUAUCCCAGACUUGGGUCUUAAGGUCUGUUAAGAUUAGAGAUCUAACAUCAUUUAUUUUGUCAUACAUCCUGAAGAAGAAUGCAGAUAUAAUGAGAUCUUUCAAAGAAGGGACUGUAUGGGUACCUAAUGGGAUCAGUUGGUGGGAGCCAAACUACUACAGUCUCCUCAUGUGACAUCUCUCAUCCGGGUCCCAUCUGGUUCUUCCAGAUGGUGAUAGACUUAACCUACAUGUUUGAAUUCAUCUAUUUUCAUCCCCAUUGCAUAAAGGAGCAUCUUUGAGUAGACUGACAUCUUCAGGCUAGGCAUAUUCUGAAUGAAUACUCCUACAGGGAGAAACACAAGUGGUUAGUUUCCCUUACAGUAGUGGCUAGCCCAUAGGUCUUAUAAAGACUUUUGAAGAUGGAAAAAGCAUUCUGAUAAAAAAUUACUUCUACUAGAAGUGCUGGCAGAUAUAUUGUCUCAGAGUUUGACAACUGUCAAUCGGAAAAUAUCCUGGAAGAUAAAGAUGUGGGUGUAUACUCAUGAUCAGCCACAGGAGAGAUCAUACUAUGACUGACCAUUAGUAACACAUACAGAAAAACCUUCAGAGAGGCAUAUGUGACACUCAGAGGUAUCAGACAACAUAUUUCCAGUCCUAGACACCAACAGGAUCAUGACUAUAAUACUGAUGUACACUGAUCAGAAAAGCUGAACUCCUGCUAGAACAGAUGCAGAAAAGGACAAUAGGUUUGAUGGAUACAGAAGUUUUCUUACAAUGAGAAAGUAAAAGACCCUUUUUCAGUCCAGAAGAAAGAAGGCUAAACUGAGACAUGAUAUCACUGCAGAAAUACUUAAGGAAAUGAGCACUUGAUAAGAAUUUCUCAAAGGUAAGUCUAGGCUAGCUAAACAAGAGUUUCACUCAAAGGAGAGAGUUUAAAAAGCAGUUUUAUGAAAGAAAAAUGGGACAAAAUCCAUAAGUAACUUUGAGAUAGUUUAGUACAGCUGUAAGCAGAAUAUUAUGGUGUGGCUGUCUCCAGGGAUGGUGGAUAGUACUUGCUGACUCACUCCUAUGUUUCUGUUUGUCUCCCAUUAAUCCUGGGCUUUAAAAAUCAACAGGAAGAAAAUACUACAGAUAGAAGCUAAUCUGAAGACUGAAUGAAAAAAAUGCUCCAUGUUGCUCAUCAACAACAGAUUGAUGAUGAUGGAAUGACAGCUCCACAGAUCAACUGCAGUGAAUGAGCUCCCAUUUAGUGCAAUGGAUGAGCACCACCAAAGAGGGUACUGCAGGGGCCUCAGACUGCAGAUCCACAAAGCAGUCAGCAGAGCUGAAAACUUUCUAUUGAUCUUUGCAGUCCAUGAGGAAUGAUCAGCAGGAGCUCUUUCUUAGUAACUGUAUGCUGGGGAUAAACACCGCUGCACAUAGACAGGUCCCCAACAGAAGAGAAACUUGUCUGGCUUCUUCAGGAGAAGCCUUCCUGGAGACAUGCCAGCAAACUCCAUCCCAGAUUCUCUGAUCCACUAUAAACACUUAAGAACAUGCUUAACUUUAAACAUAUGAGUUGUCCUAUAGACAUCAAUAGUGUUGCUAAUGUGCCUGAAGUUAAAUAUGCAUCAAGUGCUGUGCUGGAAUAGGGCCAAGGGCUCAGAAACUUGCAGGAUCAAGGUUUGGCUGGAGAACAGAGAGUAAGAAGGAAGACAAAAGAUGAGAGAUACUGAGUUACUCUCAUGCCCUCUUGCGUCAGUCCACAGUGGAAGCAAGCACUGGGAUAAACCCCCUAUUACAAUAAACGUUAAAGGAACACCUGUACAGAAAACCGAAACACUAAAAGAUACUGUAAACACUCUUUUUUACAGCAUACAGUGUCUUCAGAUUGUUAUAUGGUACUACAUUUUAAAGCAGAUACAGUGAUGUCACUGCAGGAAAACAUCACAAAAACACUGCAGCAAACAGGCUUCUCUUUCAACAGAUGCCUGGUUGACUCACUCUCACAGCUGCACCAAAGUAGUCCAAUGUGUUUCUGGAGAGCAUUCUUGCUUGUGAAGUCUUUAUUGGGACACUCUGACUGGAGGGGAGUGCAGCCGCUUUUCAUUUCUUGUGGCAGUCAGAAAGUUUCAUUGAAUAUUUCUGAGCUCUCAAUAUCUUCCAAAACACAUGCUGAAUUUCCUGGCUCUCUUCCUUAAAAUCUGGUCUGGGUUUUUACCCCGUCCCUUCUUAAAUUACUUUGUACGCACAUAAAUUACAAAAUUAAAAUUAUUUAUUUAAAAAAAAAAAUCUGAUUUUUCAAAAUUGAUUUUAACUGUACUUCCAAGCUUUUUGAAAUUUAUAUGUAAUUAAAUGUGUAUCUAAAUGAUUCAUAUUCUGAACUUAUCACUGAGUAAAAUAAGUUGUCCAUUAGCUAUUAGUAAUGCAACACUGCCAACUAGAGGCAUUGGGAACGACCAAAUUCUUGUCUUCUGGACUACAUCAAUACAUUUAAACUGCAUCAAUACAUUGUAUAACUAUAAAUACAGAAAGAUCAUGUUUGCUCUGCAGAAGUCCCACCCAGGGUCUCCAAAUACAGCAGAGUUUGCAUUUAAUUUUCUUUAAAUUUUGUUGAUUCAGGAAAUUGUUUGUUGAAUCCAAAUGCCAAAAAUACCAUUAUUCUCUUAAAAAUUACAUAGUCCAGAAGCUGAAAUAGAAUCAAGUCCGAUCUCAACUUUCUUCAAAGAGUUACUAAGCCAUUCUAACAACCUUUGGAAAGACACCUCCAGGUUCCUGUGGUGACCUCACAGAGCAGAUUCCUGCUUGGUGGCCUCUUCAGUGCCUAUCAUAGAGUCUUAGAAUCAUUAACAUUGGAAGAGACCACCAAGAUCACCUUGUCCAAUCAUCAAUCCAUCCCCACCAUGCCCACUAACCAUGUCCAUUAGUGCCACACAUCCACAGUUCUUGAACACCUUCAGGGACAGUGACUCCACCGCUCCCCUUGGCAAACUGUUUCAAUACUGCUCCACUCUUUCUGAGAAGAGUUUUUUUCUAAUAUCCAACCUGAACCUCCUCUGGUACAAUUUAUAGUCAUUAUCUCAAAUUCUAUUGCUAGUUUCCUGUGCCCAUGGCAUCAGAGGACAGCAAUGUGCAGCUGCCUGACAUCUGGCAAGAGGGGUUGGAGUAAAGUGGUAUAGAGACCUUCUGUAGAUCUUCAUGCCUCCUCUUGUAACUUCAACAAAGCCCUAGGGAUAGUCUUAUCCCAGCUGCACCCUUCCCCACAAUUCCUCCACUACCAUGUCACCAAAUCAAACACAACCAGUGCAUGAGCAGGGUAUUGGUCAGGAGAAAAUCAAGGUGCCUGAGGAUGCACCACGCAUGGAUGGUGUGGUGCAUGCAUCACACAUGCACGCAUUCUACCCUUCCCGGGGCAGAUGGUUGGCAGUGUGCACCUCAAACAUUCCAGGAGUUUGUGCAACCAAAAUGCAUUCCAGAGAUUCCCCACACCUCUGCAGUGAUCUUCAGACAGAGAGACACCUGGACUUCUUCUGGUAGAAGUCUAGAGGACUGUCCACACAGUUAGAAAUGCAGUUCCACAGCAAGGUCUAUUGGUGGAAGAGCAAGCUCUGCUGGCUGAAGCUUACACAGCACUAAAAAACACACAGUACAGAACAUUUUGUGCUUCGGGGUUGAAGGGAGGAGGCAACAACAAACAGCCCCGGUUUCCUCCUUUUUACCCAACCACAUUCAUUCUGUAAAUCUCAGCAAAAAUCAUGAAAAAUAAUAGAUUAUUUUUUUCCCUGACACUUAUCCAACUUUGCCUGGGGCUGUACCACAGGAUAGUCGAAGGCUGGAGGAGUCAGAGCAUCCUAAAAGAGACAAAAAGAGACUGGAGGGGGCUGGAGGUGACAGCACUGGAAUGAGAUGAAGGCUUAGAAGUGAAAGCACAGGCAUUGGCGUGGGAAGCAGAGAAUACAGCUUGCAGCUAGUAUAAACCACUGUAAAAACUAAUUUAAUAAAUGUUUUUCCAGUUAUAUUAUUAUGGUUAUGUUCCAUAACAACAUCUUUACAGGAAUACAAAGCUGAAAAGCACAGUGGUUCAUUGAAACAAAACACUGGGGCUUAGGGAAAAAUGGAGUUGCUCAUUCAUCUAUUACCUAGAGCUCUGCUUUUAACUGGAAAAAGAAAAAAAAAAAAAGAAAAGAAAAAAAAAAAAAGCAUCUGUUGUGAAUCAUCCUGUAAUACCAGAAGUGACACUUCUACAAUGAUGACAAUUUUGAAAGACACACACAGAAAAAAAGCAGCAUGUCCUAUCUAGGUUUCUAUUAAUGGAUUCAUUGAAAUGAAUCAGAAAUUUCUCUAAAAACAAUUUUUAGUUAGCCAGUCAGUCAAAACCUAGGCCUAGCAUUGCAGGGUUUUUCCAUUUAUUCACGUUUCUGUUUGGCAGUGACAGUUAAUGUUCAGCACUCUGAGUCUGAAGCACAGUUCUCGUCUCUAUCACUAUUUGCUCUUUGAUUGCACCCUGAGACUCAGACCUGUGUUAGCUGGAUCCAGAUGUACUUCCCAGCCACAAAAAUACGUGCUCUGUGAAGCUUUCUCCUGCAGUUUUCUGUAAAAUUUGCUUGGAAACUGUGUCAGUGUAAUCCCCUAAUUAAUUUUAUAUUGAUCUACAAAGACACAUUAGGCAUGUGUAAGCCUUUCAUGGAGAUAUAGAUGGAAGUUGCAGAAACAAUGCUGAACUACAGAUGUCACAGGAGCUGUGUUCUCAUCCCUUACAUGUGUAUGAGCUAUGCUAGUGUUGGACAGUGUAAGACCUUCAUCCUUCCUUUCUGCAACUUUCCUUUCUGCAGAAGUAGAUCAAUCACUCAUGCUUAACAUCCUGAAUCAGCCUGCAAUGCUCAGUCUCACUGCCAGCCAGCACUGGCUGGAGGUAACCGUCUUUAGGUAAGACAGACCCAAUGGCUCACACUUAUUAAUCCUACUGUCUUUUUUCAGUGAUUAUUAUUUUAGGCUGCCUAUUCAUACUCUCCCAAAUGGGCAUUUCAUUCAAGAGCUACAUUUAUAUUUACAGACAUGCUAUUCCAAACUGCGGAAGUAUUGGACAGCUUUCCAAUUAGGAUUUGGUCCUUGGCCCUGCAAAUUUAACUGUGUUUCACUGCCAAGCUUUGCACACCAUUUGCUAGACAAUGCUCAGGUCUGAACUUCAUUUGAAGGAGUCAAAUGGGUUGAAAAGUAGUAUGUGGACAAAUAUAUUAUAAUAUCACAUCCUAAAAAAGGAGUAUAAUAAUUAAAUGUUCCAGUAUUCAUGCAAUCAGGGCUGGCCACUUCACUCCCAACUUUCUGUAUGGUUUGGUCCAACCAAAAAAAGCAACAGCACUAUCAAAAUUGAUAUUAGGACCUUUAAGUAUCAACUCACUGGGAGAACAGGGAAGGGAGUCUUUGAGCAAUUUGUCACUGAAGCCUUUUUCCUUCAUUCCCUUUUCUUUCUUCCAUCAGUGACGUUCAAGCACUUUUGCUUCUCUUUUUAGCCCUGGAGCCUUUUGUCUUUCUGUCAUAAUGGAGAAAGCUGACACUGCCUGGCUUACAAAACAAAGGGUCAAACCAUUUGUUUUCAUGUGGUCACGAAAGGCAGUCAGGGUUUAAUACGAUCAAACUGCAUUUUCUUUUUAAGUUAUGUUUUCAAAUUUAGGGUUUCUUAACUGGUAGACCCAUCCAUUAAAGUGUCUAAAUCAUAGAAGCUGAAGGAGAAAACAGAUUUUCAAAGAGUCUGAAUACUCCCUUUCAUUACUGCAGCAGUGGUGUGCAUCACAUCAUCAUCCUUUUCAUACCUGCCCUGGAGCCCAGGAAGAAGCCCAUCUCCAUGGAACCCAAAGAUACAGGAGCACCAGACAGGAGGCAUAUAGCAGGAGGUUUCAAUUCUGCAGGUUGUUGUUGUUACUGAGAGACCUGGAUAGUUCAGGUGUUCUGUCUGUAAACCACACUGACUUUUACCUAAUUUCAGGAAGAAGACUUUCCAUCAAGAGAACUAAGCACUGCUGUUUCCUUGCUGCCCUGAAACGAAAUUUUUUAGAGAAAUAAUGCUCCAUUCAACAUUGGCUUUGUCUCUCCUGCUAAUUGCAGUCUCAUCCAACCUCGCUAUGGCAAUCAAAAAGGAAAAAAGAGCACCUCAGACGCUAUCAAGAGGCUGGGGAGAUGAAAUAACCUGGGUACAAACUUAUGAAGAAGGGCUUUAUCAAGCAAAAAAAAGUAACAAGCCACUGAUGGUCAUUCAUCAUUUGGAAGACUGUCAAUACUGCCAAGCACUGAAGAAAGCUUUUGCUGAAAAUGAAGAGAUACAAGAAAUGGCGCAAGAUAACUUCAUUAUGCUGAAUCUCAUGCAUGAAACCACAGAUAAAAACCUGUCACCUGAUGGACAAUACGUGCCUCGAAUCAUGUUCAUAGACCCAUCUCUCACGGUGAGAGCUGAUAUCACAGGAAGAUACUCUAAUCGGCUGUACACUUACGAACCACAAGACAUACCAUUCUUAAUAGAAAACAUGAAGAAAGCACUUCGCCUCAUUCAGACAGAACUGUAAUCAACAGUGAAAUGAUCAUAUCCUCUAGAAGGUGAAGCUGCACCAAGAAUUCCAACAUUCUAAAAUAUUUUAUUUAGCCUCUUUCUCUGCUAUCUCUUUGAACUCUUACCAAGCAGGUAAACUAGAUUUCAUGAGAAAGUUAUAUGUAUGAUUUGAAGAGGAAAUAUAGGAGACUAUCAUUACCAUUUGGGAAACAGAGAAGAAAUCUAUCAAACAGUUUGAAGCAGAGUCAGCUACCUGAAUAAUUGAAAGUGAUGGUUUAAGGUGCAAGCAACUUUGAGCUGUAUAUUAUCAAUUGAACUGUAGCUUUAUUGUCAGCUACAACUUCCAAUCAAGAGCUAUAGCCAAUACUUGAUGUCUAUUUACAAUACAUGAUGUAAGUUAUUAGCUACAUCUUACCUCCUAUUUUUUAUUUCACGUAGCUUGUAAAUCUUUAGUAUGACUCAUUUACGUGCUUAUUUCUCAUUAAAGGAACUGCUAGCAAAUCAGACAGGAAGGCUUUUGCUGUAGAUUUUGGAAUAGCUAAUAGAGAAAAAAAAAUCAGAUUUAUGGCUUGCUUUCUUCUGUAUCAUUCUUUAUUCUGAUUAGCUGAAAACAGAACAUAUUUCAUGCUGAACAUGGGGUUUCUGUGAGGUGAUAGUCAUCAAAUAGCAACUACAGGUUUUGCCAUGAUAAAAAUGCAGUGACGCAAGAGAGAUGGAAGGAGAUAAUUCCAGAACUCCACACCUGAGGCUAGUCGGGCUUGUAAAAUCUGGUGUGGGAAAAAUCAGCAGGCUUUUCCUAGCUCUUUUCUUUUAAAUGGCACUUUCAAAUGGUCAUUCCUUCUUCUGUAGCUCCCAAUACAAACAUCUUAGUGGAAGCAUAGUGAGGGAAUCUGCAUAUACAAACUCUUUUUCACAAAGUCUUCCAGGAACACCAUAUGAAAGGGUAAACAUCUAUUUUUAAGUAAAAAGCUUGAGUCAGUUGAAAUAGUUUCCUAUACCAAUGAUGCGCUUCUUCACUACAGCAAAGGAGUAAAUCAUCCACCUGGAGAAAGAGCAACAAUGUAGUGUUCUGUGCAAGGCACAAGCAUCAUUUUUCUCUGUUACCUGCCAUUUCCUCUGAUGUUGCCUAAAUACAUAUGAAAUAUGAAGGAUGAUCCUCUGCAGGACAACUAUAUUAACUUACAAUACUGAGUAUUAAUGUGUCAUAAAAGAAUUAUAUUGUACCUGUUUUCAUAGCUAUGUGAAAUUUGGAUGUAUACUCCAACAGAGGGGUGAUAAAUGACCUGUGAAACAAAUAAUAAAAGAAAAAAAAGUAUCUGUCUUUAGCAGUAUAUUUGCUUGAUAAUCAAGGGAAAAUGCUAGAAACAAAAUUAAACUAGUAAUCACAUUC